AUGUCUAAGAAAGAUGACAUUUCAAAUGAACUAGUCUUAAUGUCUAAGAAAGGUGUCAGUUCAAAAGAACCAGUCUUAACAUCUAAGAAAAAUGACAUUUCAAAAGAACAGAUAACAAUAUCUAAGAAAGAUGACAUUUCAAAAGAACCAGUCUUAAUGUCUAAGAAAGAUGACAGUUUAAAAGAACCAGUCCUAAUGUCUAAGAAAGAUGACAGUUCAAAAGAACUAAUGUCAUUAUCUGCAAAGGCUGAAAGUUCAAAGGAAUAUUUCACAAUGUCUGAGAAAGAUGACAGUUCAACAAAACUAACCAUGAAAUAUAAGAUGAAUAACAGCUCAAAAGAACAGAUGAUAUCUGAGAAGGAUGACAGUUUAAGAGAACCAGUGGCAAAAUCUAAGAUGGAUGACGUUUCCAAUGAGCUUCUUACAAAGUCAAAGAAAGAUGACUGUGCCAAAGAACCGGUCACAACAUCUGAGGUGAAUAGUACAAAAGAUUCAAUGAAAAUGUCAAAAAACAUUGACAUAUUACAAGAGCCAAUCACAAGAUCUAAAAAGGAUGAUAUUUUGAAAGAGCCAAUCACAAUAUCUAAAAAUGAUGACAUAUUACGAGAGCCAAUCACAAUGUCUAAAAAGGAUGACAUAUUACAAGAGCCAAUCACAAUGUCUAUAGUAAAUGACAGCUCUAGAGAACCAAACACAACAUCCCAAAAGGGUUACAUUUCCAAAAAAACAAAUACAAUGUUUAAGAAUAAUGACAGUUUAAAAGAAGUUGGCAUCUGUGUACCAUCUUUAAAUACAGUAUUGAUAAAGCCAGAAUGUUCUAGAAAAGCUCUGCAGAAUAAAAAAAAGGAAAACAUGAAGACAGUGAUAUUGAAGAUACUGAACUAA